AAAGAACAAAACAAAACAAAACAAAGGGAGAGCACCUGUGCUAAAUCAAGGACAUCUUCAUCCCUCCCAGCAGGAUGUUCAGACACAAAACCUUCUUCUUCUUCUUCUUCUUCUUCUUCUUCUUCAUCCUCCAUCUCCUAAUCCCCUCUUCUUCUUCUUCUUCUUCUUCUUCAGUCGUUGGCAAGCUCUGUCGGCCAAGGCUGUGUGGAAACCUCACUGUGAAGCACCCCUUUGCUCUUGAAAGGAAUUGCUCCUCUUCAUCUCCAUCACAUGUCCUUGUCUGCCACGACCAGAACCUCUAUCUAGUCCUUAUCGACAAAGGCGUCUUUCAUGUAUCAGCAAUCGACUACGACGCUGAGAGCUUAGGAUUGGGCAAGUACCCUUUGGAGCAGGGGAAACCAAAAAGCGGGGUUUGGGAGCUGAAGUUCGGGGAAGUAAGUUCCUUCACCGUGCCCACUCACCUUCCGAAUGUGUGCGAGGAGUGCACGAAGCCCCACGGAAAUUGUGGCAUAGGGCUCAGAUGCAUUUGCUACCCAAAGAGAUGCAAAAACCAGAUAUUUUCUGGAGGUGCUCGUAAGCAUCAUGUGGAAGCUGGAUCUGCUGUCGCAUUUCUUAUAGUUAUAAUGACCCUGUUGCCUAUGCUGCUGUUUUGAGUUCCCAAGCUAGCAGUUGUCACGGAGAUGCUUUCGUUUCCAUGUCCUUGUAAGUAGAUUUUUCGUUUCUGCAACUUUAGUUUCUUAGUCUCUAUGCGAGCUCUGGAUGAAUGAUGACGGGGUCCAGACGACUACACUUGUUUAACUCUACGGUUAUAAUACGCUUCUUACUUUUAUGUCUUAUGAUUACUUUGCAAAGAA